AUGGCAUCCCAACCACCGAGUAACCAACGCCCACAGAUACAGCCCUGUAGAUAUAAAACUGGUAAAACAUUAGGGGCAGGAUCGUAUUCUGUGGUGAAGGAAUGCGUUCAUAUUGACACUGGCCGGUAUUAUGCUGCGAAGGUUAUUAACAAGCGAUUGAUGGCGGGGAGGGAACACAUGGUUCGUAAUGAAAUUGCUGUGCUCAAAAGGGUGUCAAUGGGUCAUCGGAACAUCCUGACUUUGGUAGAUUACUUCGAGACAAUGAACAACUUGUAUCUUGUCACCGAUCUUGCCCUUGGAGGAGAACUGUUUGAUCGAAUCUGCCGUAAGGGAAGCUACUAUGAGUCCGAUGCGGCAGAUUUGAUCCGCGCAACUCUCUCCGCCGUCGCAUAUCUUCAUGACCAUGGAAUCGUGCAUCGAGACCUCAAACCAGAGAAUCUUCUGUUUCGCACGCCAGAAGACAAUGCAGAUCUACUAAUUGCAGAUUUUGGUCUGUCGAGGAUCAUGGAUGAGGAACAAUUUCAUGUCCUCACCACCACCUGCGGAACACCAGGAUACAUGGCUCCAGAAAUCUUUAAAAAGACCGGCCACGGAAAGCCUGUAGAUAUUUGGGCCAUUGGUGUAAUAACAUAUUUCCUCCUCUGCGGUUACACCCCCUUUGAUCGAGAUUCCAACCUUGAAGAAAUGCAGGCCAUCCUUGACGCCGAUUACUCAUUUACACCCCUCGAAUAUUGGCGGGGCGUUUCCGUAACCGCCCGUGAAUUUAUCAAACGCUGCCUCACCAUCGAUCCCAAAGCGAGGUUGACAGCCCACGAAGCCCUGCAGCACCCGUGGAUCAACCCACCCACCGAUCCCAUGGACCCCAUGUCGCCCAUGCGUAUGGGUUCUGGAGAAGAUCUUCUACCUGUCGUCAAGAAGAACUUCAAUGCAAGGCGCACACUUCAUAAAGCCAUCGAUACCGUGCGGGCAAUCAAUAAACUUCGCGAAGGCGGUGGUCUGAUGAUGGAUGGCGCUCUGAGCGUAGAUCCGAGGCCGGAACAUGUUAAUGGAAGCAAUGUUCUUGAUGACAGUGGACGACAGCUGCCGGAUGGGGCAACGUCGGGCCAGGCUGCAGACGAUGACCACAUGGAAAUUGACAGUCGGGGCAACGCAAGGGGUCAGACUGAGGAGCAGAUUUGGGAGCAGGAGCGUAAAGUGAAAGAGAUGGUUACUGGGUUGUGGCAGUCGACCUCGCAUCGACGAUGA